CUCAGAGAAGUACUCUGCUCUUUUCUCUCACAAGCAGAAUCUCUGUCUUAUUUCAAGAUGACUGCGGGGGUGUGUGUGUGCGUGCUGCUGCUGGUUCUGUGUACAAGCUGUCUCGGACUGCCUCUCUCCUCCCAGCCCGCCGCCGGUGAGGACCGCCGGGGGGGCGCGGACCGCCGCGUGCCCGCCUCCGCCUCCUCUGAAGCUCUCCCUGACACCGACACCUCCUUGUCCGAGCCCCACGUACGCCACAGGCGGUCUGCCCCACAGAUGAACGCGGCCCCCCUGUCGCAGGAGGAGGGAAACCCCCGAGCCAACCUCAGCGAAAUGCUGGCUAGGCUAAUCUCCACCAGGAAAGGCUCGGUGCGGAGGGACAUGGCUGUGAGCAACCGGUCCAGUGGCGGGAUGAGCGCGGGCCACCGGAUAAAGGACCGGGAUUACCUGGGCUGGAUGGACUUCGGGCGCCGCAGCGCAGAGGAAUACGAGUAUUCCUCCUAAUGACGUCGUGACCCGGGCACGCACCGGCACGGGGGGAGAGGGGUGGGGGCGGCGGGAGGGUCGGGCUGGGGUGGGGGGGGAAGCGGAGGGGAAGGGGUAAAAGGAGUUUAAAUCUGCAAAUGUUCAUCAUUUCAAAAUAAGAGUAUAUUUAUGAUGUAUUUGUUUGUACAUUUGUUUGUAAAACUAUGAUCAUGCAAUAUAUAAAGACAUACGUAUGCCACAUUUUGCAGAAAAAUUGCUUGUGCUUGAUUAUUUUUUUCGGUUCGUUAGUUUUUAUGUUUUUAACCGUUUUUCCCCUAUUUCUAUUUCUUUUGUUGCUUUUCUGGGUGGAAUUGUUUGCCGUUGUGUCAGGAUCUGGUAGGAUUAAUGCGGCUGAAUAAAGAUUAAAGAAUAAACUUUG